GCAGCAUCACUCAGUAGUCAGUAGACAAGAAAAACUGUGAAAAAGAGAGUGUUCCUCACUUCAUCAUCUCAUAUACGGGUACAUACGUACAAAGAUUUAGAUACAAACACAGUCAGACUCUCCAUUUAAGUAUACGUGUAUAUAUAUAUAGAGAGAGAGAGAGAGAAAACGGGGAGAUAGAGAGAGAGAAGAAGAUGGUGUCGUACAUGAGCGUACUGCUGUACGGAGUGGGUGGAAUAGUGGUCGCCGGGAUGGCGUUACUGGUGGCUUUCCAGGAGAAGCUUGUCUACGUCCCCGUCCUCCCUGGCCUUACCAAAUCCUACCCCAUCACCCCCGCCCGCCUCCGCCUCCUCUACGACGACGUUUGGCUUAGAUCUUCUGACGGCGUUCGCCUCCACGCUUGGUUCAUCAAGCUCCUCCCCGAAUCCCGAGGUCCAACUAUCCUCUUCUUCCAAGAAAAUGCAGGAAAUAUUGCCCACCGUCUUGAGAUGGUUCGCAUUAUGCUACAACGUCUGCAAUGCAACGUUUUCAUGCUGUCUUACCGAGGUUACGGAGCCAGUGAUGGAUAUCCUUCCCAGCAUGGAAUUACAAUGGAUGCUCAGGCUGCUUUGGAUCAUCUGGUUGAAAGGACAGAUAUUGACACAUCUAGGAUUGUUGUCUUUGGAAGGUCACUUGGUGGCGCUGUUGGAGCAGUACUUGCCAAGAACAAUCCUGACAAGGUGGCUGGGCUAAUUCUGGAAAAUACUUUCACAUCUAUCCUUGAUAUGGCGGGAGUUCUUCUACCCGUCCUAAAAUGGUUUAUUGGAGGGAGUGAUUCAAAGCACCCCAGACCUCUCAAUUUUCUUGUCCGCUCUCCAUGGAGGACUAUUGAUGUGGUUGGUGAGGUCAAACAGCCCAUUCUCUUUAUCUCAGGAUUGCAAGAUGAAAUGGUUCCUCCAUCACACAUGCAGUUGCUGUAUGCUAAAGCAGCUGCACGCAACAAUCGAUGCUUAUUUGUGGAAUUUCCAACUGGCAUGCAUAUGGAUACAUGGUUGGCAGGGGGUGAUCGAUAUUGGAAAACCAUUGAGGAUUUUUUGGAACAGACUGUCCCAGAGAAGAGGUUUGGUGAAUCUUCGCACAGGGGUUUUGAUCCAAGGUGACCUGCUGGGGUGCAGUUAUUUGAGGCGUAGUCCACGAGUUCAGGCUGCUGUGACAUUCAAGCUUCUGUACCUUUCUUUGGUAUUGCAGUGACCGCUAGCUCAUUGUGAUUGCAAGACCAGUGUUGAUGUGUCCCCCAAGUUUUUUGUCUUGUGGACACAAUUUUGGGUACACCAAUUACAAAUUAUGCGAAACUGUGGACGGCCUUGGUAGAUAUACAUAUUGACACUGACAAAUUGCUCUUGCAAGAAAAGUCUGACUGAUUGUCCUUGUGUGAAUAAGAAUCUAGAAGAAUCUCAGAAUUACACUUGGAGUUUAUCAGUAAAAUUGCUUGUAUCACAACUCUUAUUGUGAACCAUGGCACGAGUAGUCCAUACUGUUAGUUACCAAUGAAUCCGAGGUCUCAAGUUCCACUGUUA